CAUUCUCCUGCUGGAAUACAGAGGAGAAAACUAAUACAAUUUCCAUGGAUUGGGCAUUGGUUAUGUGGUUGUGGGCUUUGGUUUUUGUUCAGUACCAUAGUCAUGGGUGUCUUGGGUACUUGGACAAGGAGAGGACUUCUCUCUUGGAGAUCAAAGCUUCCAUCAAUUAUCCGAAUGGGUCUUAUCUUCCUACAUGGGAGGAUGGGACUGACUGUUGUAGUUGGGAAAGAAUCAAGUGCAACAAUGCGACAGGCCGAGUGACUAAAAUUUCUCUCAGUCUUACAAGGGAAUGGGAAUUGGAAGAAUGGUAUCUGAAUGCCGACUUACUUCUAUCCUUUGGAGAACUGCAGAGCCUCGAUUUGUCCGGGAAUCAACUCGCUGGUUGGGUUGGUCAUGAAGGUUUCAAAAGAUGGUCGAGAUUGAGCAAGCUGGAGCACCUUGACCUGACCUCUAACUUGUUCAAUGAAAGCAUUCUACCAUAUUUGGGUUCACUCUCAUCCCUCAAGAGUCUGUCUCUGGGCUACAAUCAAUUUGGAUUUCCACACAGCAGUCUUGAUGUGAUGGGGAAUUCACCUCCUAUAAUUUUAUAUACAAGUUUUGAAAUGUUGUCAAGAUUGGGCAACCUAGAGCAGCUAGACCUAGGGGUGAAUCGGUUAAACAGAAGCAUUCUACCAUAUUUGGGCGCACUCUCCUCCCUCAAGAGCCUUGAUCUAAGUGGGAAUAAUUUGGAAGGAUGCUUCCCCUCAAAAGAAUUGGCCAGCUUGAGCAAACUGGAGGUUUUGGAUUUGGGAUAUAAUGGACUCAAUGGUUCCGUAUUUCUGCAAGAAUUGGCCAACUUGAGCAAACUAGAGGUUUUGGAUUUGGGAUAUAAUCAACUCAAUGGUUCCCUAUUUCUGCAAGAUUUGUGCAAUCUUGAGAAUCUCCAAGAACUGGAUCUUCAAGGAAAUGAAUUGGAAGGGAGCCUUCCUCCAUGUCUCAGCAACUUGUCAUCCCUCCAACUACUUGAUCUCUCCGAGAAUAGACUCAGUGGGCAAAUCUCCUCAUCUCUUUUCUCUAGCCUCACAAUGAUCCGGUUCCUUUCUCUAUCCUACAACCGCUUUGAGGGGUCUCUCUCAUUUAGCUCAUUUGCUAAUCUUUCCAAGCUCGAGUUUGUGGGACUUUCAGUACUGGACGGUUUAUUUCCUGGUGUCGAUGUUAUAACUUAUCCCAAUCAGUUAGAGGUUGAAACUGAAUCCACACCUUGGGUUCCUAAAUUCCAGUUGAAAGUCCUCCACCUAUCAAACUGCAAAAUCAACAAGCUCACUGGUACCAUUCCCAGCUUCCUUUCCAGCCAAUAUGACUUGAUAGCAUUGGACCUUUCCCACAACAACAUGAAGGGAAACUUCCCAUCUUGGUUGUUAGAGAAUAAUAAAAGACUUGGAUUGCUAGACCUUGGAAGCAACUCCUUAGCUGGCCCAUUCCAUCUGCCACCUCAUUCUAACAAGAUGAAUGCAUAUUAUCUGGACGUCUCCAGCAACCACAUCUACGGACAACUUCCUGAAAACAUCGGUUUCAGCCUUCCAAAUUUAUUACACUUGAACAUGUCUACAAACGCUCUUCAUGGUACCUUUCCUCUGUCGAUGGGUAACAUGAGUGAAUUGUAUUCUUUAGAUUUGUCGAGAAACAAUUUUUCAGGAGAAAUACCAGAGCAGUUGGCCAUGGGUUGCAUUUCAUUGAUGAUUUUGAAGCUAUCAAACAAUAGAUUACAAGGCCCAGUGUUUCCGACUCAUUCGAACUUGACUCAGUUAAGGUAUCUGUAUUUGGACGGCAAUGGAUUCACCGGGGAGAUCUCAGCUAGUAUAUUCAAAAGCCCUCAUCUACAGUUUUUGGAUGUUGGUAGAAACAACAUAUCAGGUCGUCUUCCUGCACAGAUUGGGAACUUUUCUGAGUUGAUGUGGCUUUCCAUGCCGGAAAAUUAUUUAGAAGGUCCUAUUCCAGCAGAGUAUUGCAACCUAUCCAGUCUUUCACUUUUGGACCUUUACCAAAAUGGAAUUUCUGGUCCCAUACCUUCCUGCUUCAAUCUAUAUCUGAAAUUCUUACAUUUGCAAGGAAAUGAGCUUACAGGAUUGAUGCCAAAUGCUUUAUCCAAAAUUUCCUCCCUUGUUACAUUGGAUGUCAGCGACAACUACUUCUCUGGUAAUAUUCCAAAUUGGAUUGGUACACUUCAAAAUUUAAGGUUUCUUCUCCUCGGAGGAAAUAAUUUGCAAGGUCACAUUCCCAUGCAGUUGUGUCAACUGAAGAACGUCAGCAUAUUAGAUCUUUCACACAAUAAUCUCUCUGGUCCAAUACCACCGUGCUUUGGUAAUAUGACAUUCGGGAGGGCAAGAGUAACUGACUUCUCAACUUUCGUUGUCUCUCCAUUGGGUUUCGGUUUCGGUUUUGAUCAGCUGCCUGGAUACCGUAUUAAAGUUAGUUUGCCUGGUAUAAAUGUAGGUUUGACAGAUUCUGAGGAAGAGGUGGAGUUCAUAACAAAGAAGAGGUCUGAAACUUACAAGGGCGUUGUUCUAUACUUCAUGUCUGGUGUAGAUCUGUCAUGGAACCAGUUAACAGGGGAAAUUCCUCCUGAAAUUGGACAUCUGACUGAUAUUCAUGCAUUGAACUUGUCCCACAAUCAAUUGAGUGGACCAAUUCCAGAAACCUUCUCAAAUCUAAAACAGAUUGAGAGCUUGGACCUUUCUCACAAUAGAUUGAGCGGGGAGAUUCCUCCUCAACUAACUGAGCUCAACUUCUUAUCUGCGUUCAACGUCUCUCACAAUAACUUAUCCGGCGUCCUACCGGACAUGAUGAAGGGGCAAUUUAGCACCUUUGGAGAAACCAGCUACGAAGGUAAUCCCCUACUUUGUGGACCACCACUGACGAGUUGCUUCUCCACCUCUCCGCUACCACCUUCAAUGCCAACAACGUCAGGCGACGAGGAUGAUGGAAAUGACAUAAUUUUCUAUGCAUGUUUUUCGGUGUCAUGUACUAUGUCGUUUUUGCUUUUCAUAGCACUUCUCUACAUCAACCGCUAUUGGAGAGGUCUAUACUUCUAUUUUGUUGAUGCAUGUAUCUAUUCAUGCUAUUAUUUUGCUUUAGACAGCUACUAUUUUGCUUUAGACAACCUUCAGAGGGUUUUCACCCGGCCACGUGUAUAACCUUCAAGUCCGAUCAGUUUCUCCCCGUAACUCUUAUUGUAAGACAAUAAUAAUCAUGUUUAUGUAUGGCGUGACUUUUAUUUCAACCCAUGUUUCCAUCGCUUCUUUGUUUGGUCAUGAAGUGAACUGAAGUAUGCGGUUGCACACAAGGGGAGACUCCCACAGAUGCUUGCUAGUGUGAAGUCUGAAUCAUUCGUCAAAUUGCCUAACUACACAUGCCAUGUAUGAUCCGAAUAUUUCUUAAGGGAAUUCGGAAAUGUUCCAAGGCCAUCUAUACCAUAAAAUUAGAGGGGUGAUUAAACCCAUCUGCUCCAGUAGUGGAUAGGCGGACCGCUGGAUCUAGACUGUUCAUCUUCGGCUUUGUGAAGGUUUCAUAUCGUGUAGACCGUCAAAUCUUGAGGGCUCACACUUCCACAUACUACCAGUGGUAUCAGAGCCUCAACAACAGAUCUCUGGUUUAUUAUUUUCAUCACGAAAGGUAAGUGACCCUUUUAAGGUAAGAAUUCCUUUCAGAAAAUUUGAUAAGUGCAUAUUUUUUUAAGGUGGGUG